CGAGAGAGAAAUGGUUUUCUUCAUCUUCUGUAGCAAUAAAAAUCAUUUAUCAACCUCCAAUAAAAAUCAUGAUUUCUCUUAGUUUAAAUUGUCUGUUAAUCAAGCCUUCUCCACUAUCUCAACAUAAUCAUCUUAAAUUACUAACAAAUUUGAAUCCAAAACUCAACAAUAAUAAUCAGAGAAGAAGAAAAAGUUUCAGAUGCAGGGCAAAUUUUUCAGUAGAUGCACCAUUUGCUAUAGCAAUUGGAGCUUCUAUACUUAAUUCACUGGUCUUUCCUAUACCUAAUGUACCAAAUGAAGAAGAUGAAGAAGAAGAAGAAGAUUCAACAAUUACUAAUACUGAUUCUAGGUUUGCAGUUAUGGGUAUCAUCAGCUUUGUUCCUUACUUCAAUUGGCUGAGUUGGGUUUUCGCUUUGUUGGAUACUGGUGAUCGGCGCUAUGCGGUGUACUCAAUUGUGUAUUUGGCUCCUUAUAUUAGGACAAACUUAUCGCUGUCAACAGAUGAAAGUUGGCUUCCUAUUGCCAGUAUCAUCUUGUGCAUAAUUCACAUUCAGCUUGAAGCAAGCAUACGCAAUGGAGAUUUACAAGGUUUCCAGCUCUUCAGUGGAUUAGCUAAAAAGAAAGGUGCUCAUCUGAAAGGUCGUGCUACCAAUCCUAAGAAGGGAAAGAUAAAAGAGAAUAUAAAGCUACCUUCAGCACAAAAUCGAUUAAGAGAUGAGGUUCAAGGAUGGGGAGAAGUUUUUGAAAAGCCAUUGGACGAUCCAGAAUCUUUAAGUGAAGGAGGCGCACAAGAUAAAAGGAAAGAUUAAAAUUCGCCGAUUUAUUAUGUAAAAAACUUGCGUUAGCAUUCUUCAGCGGGUAUUAAGGGAGUCAAAGACGACAAAAGAAUACUAGAGUUCUUCAAUAUUGUUUCAGUAAGAGAGUCUUAAUUUCUGCGAUGCGUGUGUGAAACCAUAGACUAUUAUUUAAUAUAGCCUCAUGUGAGUUCUUUCUACUGAAUUUUUCUGGUUUUAUUACCCUUGUUUUCUUUUAUAACUGAAAUUUUGUGAUUGAAAGAGACACAGAAAAAGAAUUUGGAGUUAUAAAGAGUUGAACAUGGUUUGUAUGGGAACCCUUGAACAUACCCUGGCAUGGAGAUCAGAGACGCACAGCCAUAACAACUUGUCCUCUCAAAUAUCUUAUAUGCUGCAUCUGAUCUCCUCCCAUCAUCGUCACAGGAAAUCUUGAAAAAAAUUCGGUGAUCGAUAUGAGCUUGUCAGAUAACAUAACCACUGUCUAGAUACUCGAUAAGCAAUGGUUUGAAUGCUGGAGUUUUUGUAAGCCUUCUAAUAUCAUGCAUUCCCAGUAAUUCUUCAGUAAGCCUAUACCUGUAGUAUCAUUAGAACCAUUUUUUGGGCACCAAUCCAUUUUGGAGGGGGACCAUCAUUUCAAUUUUGGUAGUCACUUUGAUCAGUUUACCUUCUAUAGUUGUCCUAGUCCAAUUUGUCUAAGAUGGGCCGUGUCAAAUCUCUUUGUGGAUGGCAAUGUUAUUGUUGGGUUUGUAGUCCCAUAAACUGGUAUGAAUGCGCAGAAAAGAAUUGCAAACCCAUAUUACCGUAACCUUGCUGAUAAGAAACUUGUUUCGUUCCAUUGGAUAAUGUUUUAGGCACUUGCAAUUCUGACUCUUCACAUGGUUACAAUGUUGGUUUUCCCCCAAAUGGCAACAUGCAGGUUCUCCAUCAGUGAUUGUGUGUUGCUGUGUUCAGUUGUCGUGCAUUUGCACUUGAGGAAAUUUAAAAACAAUUCCGGGUAGAUAGCCCAUUUGUUGAUGAACCUAUAAUCUGUUCAAAGCAAAUACAUUUCAGGGCACCCUAUUGUCCAAUUCACUCUUAGUUUUCCUUAUUUUUGAACUUUCGCGUAUGUGAACUGUGUAUAAAAUUCAUCAAGUGUACAAUGAAAGCACCAAAUUUGGUGAUUUGCUGCUA